AUGAUUUCAUAACACCUUAAUCCAUUCAGAAAAAGUAAUCGUUAUGCAUACUCUUUAUUUGAUGAAAAAAACUCUCAUGAAAUAACUAUAGAAGAUGAACUAUCUAUGUUGCAACCAAUUCCAAAAUAUGUUUGGGAAGAUGAUUACAAUGAAUAAUUGAAAUUAGAGUUAAAAUAUUAUAAUAUAGAUAUUCAAAUACUAUCUGAUUCUGAGUGGUUACAUCUCUUAAAAACAGGUUAGUAUGAUUCAAACAAAAGUUUACUUUUAUCAAUAUUUACUACAAGAUCAUUAACAGUGAAACAAGUUUUUGAUUUUAUAACAAUGUAAUGCCAAAUGACUUGCCUAUUUGGUAACCUUAAAAAUGAAGUAAAAGAAAAAAAUUAUGAAUGUAUUAACAAAGAUGUAAAUAGAACUUUUAAAAGUUCAAACUUUUUUUAGUAAGGAGAAGUUCUUCAAAGAUUAUAAGAUAUAUUAGUGGCUUACAGUAAUUUAGAUUCAGAAGUUUCUUAUGGUUAAGGAAUGAAUUUCAUAGUAGCAGCUCUCAUUUAUUUAGAUUUUAAUAAUGAUGAAGCUAUCUUUGAAAUUUUAAGAACAAUAAUUAUGGAUAAAGAUUGGAGAUAGGUAUNCUUAAAAUUUUGA